AUGAGAUUCUCAUCAGCCUGGACAGCACUCUGCUUCCUUCUGAUUAAUGAAGCCUCAAAAGAAUGCACAGCAAAGAAACUGGGCAGCAGCACUGGAAGAUUUGCCAAUGCCACCUUAGUGCGACUGGCAGAAUUUUUGAGUGUCGGUUAUAAGAAAGGAGUGAGACCAGUGAAAGACUGGAACACCCCUACUAAUGUGGAAAUUGACCUCAUGGUAUACUCUAUCCUUAAUGUGGAUGAGAAGAAUCAGGUGUUAACAACAUACGUCUGGUACAGACAGUCAUGGAAAGAUGAGUUCCUGGUGUGGGAUUCACAGGACUUUGAUGGAGUCAAAAAAAUUUCCAUACCCACGGCUAAUGUUUGGGUUCCUGACAUCCUCAUCAAUGAGUUUGUAGACGUGGGGAAGUCUCCAGACAUUCCUUACGUUUAUGUCACAGAUGAUGGAGUUGUGCGCAACUACAAGCCCAUCCAGGUUGUCACAGCUUGCACUCUCAAUAUCUACAACUUCCCAUUUGAUGUACAGAAUUGCAGCCUGACCUUCCAAAGCUGGCUCCAUACCAUUGAUGACAUCAACAUCACCCUGAUGCGAGAGCCCGAGGAACUCAGUAAAGACAAGAGUGUCUUCAUGAACCAAGGAGAGUGGGAGUUACUUCAUGUACUAUCCAAAUAUAAGAACUUCAGUGUGGACAAAGAAGAGUAUUACGCUGAAAUGAAAUUUCAUGUGGUGAUCCGACGGCGACCAUUAUUCUACACCGUGAACCUGCUGCUGCCCAGCAUCUUCUUAAUGGUGAUGGACAUUGUGGGUUUCUAUCUGCCACCAGACAGUGGAGAGAGAGUUUCAUUCAAGAUCACUUUGCUGCUGGGCUACUCUGUCUUCCUCAUCAUUGUGUCUGACACUCUGCCUGCCACUGCCAUAGGAACCCCGCUAAUUGGUGUGUACUUUGUGGUUUGCAUGGCCCUCCUAGUAAUCAGCCUAACAGAAACUGUACUGAUUGUACGUUUGGUCCACAAACAAGACCUGCAGCCCCCUGUGCCCCAGUGGCUGAAGUAUCUGGUGUUGGAAAGAGCUCCAGUCCUUUUCUGCAUCCACAAAAAGCACCGGCUAUGUUCCAGACUUUCCUCUCAGUCCACUGACAUGGAGAACUACAAGGAAAACAACUAUGGAACCCCGUGCUCACUCCACCACACCUGUGAAAUCGGCCGAAAGCUCAGCCAGCAUGAGAGAGAAGAUGGACUGCUUGGACUGCACCUGACUCCAGCUAAGGACAACGUCCCACCUCUCAUGGACAACAUCCUGCAAGAGGUGACAACGAUACGUCACUUCCUAGAGAAGAGGGACAAGUGCCGUGAAAUUGCCAAGGAGUGGCUCCAGGUUGGCUAUGUGCUUGACGUGCUGCUCUUCAGAGUCUACUUGGUGGCCGUGGUGGCCUACAGCAUCACCCUGGGCACACUGUGGUCUGUUUGGCAGGCCGCCUAA